UCAAUUGUUAUCUUUAUUAAUUUUCUAGACUUUUAAAAUGGAAGAUGACGAAGAUAGUUGUUUAUCAGAUUUUGAGACUGAAACUGAAAAGACGGAAGAAGAAAACUGGAAGACAAAACGAGCAGUAGAGCUGGGAUUUAAACCUCAACGAGAAAUUGUCUACAAUUUCUUGCUUCCAUAUUCUUCCGACAUUGACAAGGAAUCAUGUGAGUGGUUCUGUGAGAUUAAAGAAAACCUUGGACGAGCAAUUGCAUUGCGAGAAUUAAGACCAGGAUUAGUUAUUUGGACUUCAAGAUUGAAUAAAUACAUCCGUCUGUACGGGUACAAGUUCCCUAUAGAGGAUCAUAUCGUUCUUAUCAGACUAUACUUGUCUGUGAUAACAAUACCGAAGCUAGAACCUCAUUUGAUCAACCAUGCUGGUUCCGCUCUCAUCUCCCUGCUGAAGAGGGUGGACUUGAUCACAUCGGAGCAGUUAACCAUCGACUGGAAGCCCCUGUACCAACUGCACGAGACCCUGCUCUACUCUAAGAAUGAGUCCCUGGGUCUGAUUAAAAUGCCGCAAUCUUUGUCUAACAAUCUCCGCGGGAUUAUCAGGGCUGCUAGGCCAUACUUCCCGGUUAGCACUACAGAGGAAUUAAUGCGGGAACUACGUCCCAUGAUGUGUCCUAUGGAUGUUACCUUUGGACAGGCAAUCAACCUGAUGGAGUUGUUUCUACCGACCUACUCCGCCUGGAAGAACCCUGAGCUCUCCUAUAACCUAUGGUUGGACGAAUUGAUAGGAUUUUGGAACUCCUGUGGAAACCAUCCCUCUUGGGAAACAUUUGUAAUAGGAUUGUUUGGUCGGUUGGCACAGUUCACAGUUGGACAGAUAGAUUGGAACCCAUACCUUCCCUUAAUCUUCUCCAGGGUUCAACAGAUGUUUAGUCUUCCCACCAAGUUCAACAAAACAAGUGUCGGGGGUAGGGCCAGUGCUCUAGAUUGUAACGCUGCGGCUAGGUUGAUUGUUUACACAAUGGGCGGAACAAAGAGUCAGACUAAGAUAUAUCUGAGUAAACUAUUUUCCUCUCUAGAAUCCUACUUCCAUCCGGCCAAUAUUGGAAGGCACUGUUUGAAGCUUUACGACUUCUUAGAUAAACUUGUUACUCUGGUGGUUAGGAGGGUGGACAAUGAAAGAUAUAAGAAACCUGGUUGGGGAUACAUUACACCCAAGGAGUUCCGUCUCUCAGACGCGGAUAUUAUAGAUUUUGUAGAAACGUUGAAACCCGCUGUAUUUAAUUGUAUGUGGUCCAAGCUUGGGUUUGUCCAUGCAGGGGUGAUGUUACACAAGCUUGCCAGUUUGAGACCUGAGCUAAUCCUUCCUACACUUGUUGAGAGGUUGAGUAGCUCACUGGAUAUUGUUACUGAACCUCACAAGUUGACCGCUAGUCUCCACUGUAUGGCAGGUGUUAGUAGAUCUCUAGUUACGUUCUCUAACCUGUAUCCUCAGGGACAGGUUCAUGUGCUUCCUCUUCUCUUCUCAACUCUACCUGGUAUAGACGCUAAUGAUACAAGAAAGACGAUGCUUACAUUCCAGUACAUAGCAACCUACUCGAGUCUCAUUCCCUUUAUUGACUUUUCUAGUGCUAGCCAAUUUCAUCAGUUAACUGAAGAACAAUAUCAAAUAAGUCUGCAAUCUGCACAGUUUGAGGACUUCGUCAUCGAGCUUCUAGACAGAUGUUUUGUUAUCAUUGAGAACUCGAUCAUUCUCCAAACUAGAUCAGAGGUUUCUGCUGAUGAUACUAAACUAUCCCGAGAAGAUUCUAUGAAUAAUAUUUGUAUGUCCUCAACCCUUGGAGCAAUUCUAUCCCAGUCCUCUGUAAGUAUAUACGAGGCUGCUGCCCGGAAGAUAAAAUCGUUUAUUUCCGGGCGGAUUCUGGAGUGUAAGGUUUCCGGAAGGAUCGCUGCAAACAUGUGCAAGAGUGUGGUGAGAGUGAGACCGGAGCGAGGUUUACAGAUCUUCCUUCCUCAUAUCUGUGAUGAGCUGGAGCACAGUUUGAAUUUGCACCUGGAGCUGGACGCUCAGACGAAAUUUCUACUUCUAGUUUUAUCCGAGAUUUUAAGUGUACCUGGAGUAUAUUUGUUGCCUUAUCAGCCUAGGAUAGUUGCAGUUCUAGAUAGGAUGGUUCUUAUCAACACAAAGGAAGGAACUGAGUUAACUGGUUGGAUUCUUAAGAAUUUCCUAAGAUCUUUAACUUAUUAUGCUCCUCAAGAAUAUAUGUCGAAUGUUGAUGGGUUUGACCGUCCUAUAAGCGAAUAUCUUCCUUUGACCGACUGGGGUCGCUGCUACGCGGCGAAGGAUACCAAGAUCAAGUGGUGUAUUCCAGAUGAUAAGACUGUAUCUGCUGCUGAGACAAUAGUGGAGAAGUUUCUGUGUCGUGAGCUGAACCUACUGGAGAACUGGACGAACGGAGAACAACAGCUAGCAAAGGAGGAUUUGAAGAGGUCUGUUUCUACAAUUUGGAAUAUUAUUCUUGGUUGUGGAUCCAUUCUUCCAUUCUGGUCUGGAGCUACAAUCCAUCAUAUUCAAUCCAAGGUUGACAUGGUUCAACAUUUUCAUCUUGAUUCCGUCCCAGGCUCCCCACAGAUAAAUCUAAAGGGAGAGAAUAUUCGACUCAAAAUAUCUCUUCUCAUGACCAAGGUGUUGAAGCAUAUUGGAGCUGAGUGCCCAGACAAUAUUAAAGCCUUGUCUUUAGUUACUUCUCUUCUCCAGUCCACACUCUUCUACAACGGGGUCAUGAAAGAAGAAUUUGAUGCUAGAUGGAAAAGUUUUGCCGCAGUAAAGAAAUUAAUGGAGAGUCGAGUGCAAGGUAAGAAGACGAAUAUUCGAGCAACCCUGGUGGAUCGAGCACAAUUACAACACGAGUCCAGGCUCGUGGAGAACGUGAACAGGAACUUUACCGAGGAGCACUGGAGGGUGUUCUCUGACGUGUUCGGGUUGGCGACGAAUCAUUACUCCGAGGUUAGAAUCCAUGGACAGGAGUUGAUGAGCCGAUGUUUCCGAUAUUUUGCUUACAGUUACCAGGUGGUUCUACCAAAGAUUAUUGAAAACCUGCGCAGUGACAACGGGACGAGUCACGAGGAGUUCAAGGGAGCACUUUUUAUACUCAUGGGUAAGAAUGGUAAGUCUAUGCUGACCAAGCACUGCUGGAAAACCUUCCAAACAAUCUGUCCUGCUCUGCUUCAAGCCAGUCAUAGUGAGAAGCCCAGUAUAGUCAAGGUGAUGGGGAUGCUGCUGGAUACUGUCCUUCAUCACAUGGACACCUUCACCAUCACUCUGGACAUCAACAAGGAGGCCAUUGACGCAGCGCUGGAAAUUUGGAAACCUCAGGAAAAAUCAUCUGCUGAUUUGAUUCCAAGAAAACCUAAACCCACGCAAUCAGAAUUAGAACAAGGUUUAAGUGAUCAAGAGAAAUCUAACCUAGAGAACACCAACACGUACUUCAGCAUCAUCAACACACUGUGUGAGCACUUAGAGUCGGGGAACCUGCAGUGGCGACACUAUAAUGCUGGAGCUGCUAUUCUUGUAACCCUUCUCCGUCAUGAUAUGCUUCCACCCGCCAGAGCAGUUCAGCUCAUAACAACUAAUCUAAUCCACGACAGUUUAGAAGUUAGAAAAACUUCCAUCUUUGCUCUCUCUGGAAUUCUGCGUCUUCAAAAGAAGAAGAGGGUUAGAGUUGAGAGGGAAGUUGUUCGUCCUGCCAACCCGGUGAAACCAGGUAAUCGCGAAGAUAACUCAUGGAUGCAAUAUAGUCCAGAAAAUUGGCCUACGGAUGCUGCAUCAUGGGACAAACCAAAUUUCGUUCACAAAACACACAUUGGAUACUAUUAUUGGCCGGAGAAACUAUUGGUUUAUGCGCCCCAGGACAAGCAACUUGGAUUCAUACAAAAUCCGGAGGAUAUGAAACCUGAAGAGCGUCCAAUCAUCCAAUCCUUUCUUAAUCAGGAGUUCGUUGAGAAUGUCGUGAAAUUUUUCUCCCUCGAGGAGAAUAAAGGAAAGGAUAAAUUUGAUUCUAGAAAGUUUCUAAUAUGGAAAGGAUUAUUCCGUAAUUAUGGAGAUUUAUGUUUGAAUAUGCUCAAACCUCACAUUGAGCGGCUUGCAUUAGCAGAGGUUGAAUCCCAGCAGAGAUUUGCAGCUGAGAUAAUUGCAGGACUAAUCAGGGGAGCCAAGCAUUGGACCUGGGGUAUGACGGAAAACCUGUGGGCCUGGCUGGUUCCUCUUCUUCGUAAUAUUCUGGGACAUGUCACUGUUGAAACUAUCGCAGACUGGGGAACUUGCAUGGCAACCUCAAGUGAAUCUCGAGAUCCGAACCGGAUUCACUGGAUGCUAGAAGUGUUGAUGGAGGAACCAUUGAGAAGUCAGGGUAGUUUCCUGGACAGCAGUCGGUUAUAUGUUCUCCAGGGAGCUAUUGCACAGCAGGAGUGGAGGGUUGGAUAUCUCCUCAACAAACUGGACAAUUUUCUUAAUCCGUUCCUAACCCAUCCUUACCAUAACGUGAGGGAGAGGUUAGGAUCUGUUCUGUCCAAUAUAUAUUCUCCUGAUUUUAAAUUUCCUACCGGUGCAGCAGGACCAGAUUCCCCCAGGAUCUCAUCUCUUGUUGAUAAACUUCUCCCCCGUCUUGAGAUUAUGAAAUCCGACCCCGACCCGGAGCUUUAUAAGUUCAAUCAAACCAGAGAGAAGGAGAACAACCCAGCAAUGUUGUCAGAGUUGAUAAGUAAGCUGCCAGAAGAACUUAAAAAGCAGGUUCAAAGGCAUGGUCCUCAGGUUCUCAUGCAGUUGUUGGCUCCAGGAAUGAUGCCUCCGGGAAUGAUGCCUCCAGGAAUGGUGCCUCCGGGAAUGGUGUCCCCGAGAACGGUUCCUACGGGAAUGAUGCCUCCGGGAAUGGUUACUCCGGAAAUGAUUUCUCCGGGAAUGAUGCCUCCGGGAAUGAUGCCUUCGGGAAUGAUGCCUUCGGGAAUGAUGCCUCCGGGAAUGAUACCUCCGGGAAUGAUGCCCCCGGGAAUGUUGGCUUCGGGAAUGAUGCCUCCGGGAAUAUUGGCUUCGGGAAUGAUGCCUCAAGAAACUUUACAAGAUAUGAAUGAACAUCCUGCUAAAAGUGUUGAUGAUCCAUCUCUGUUAAAAAAAUGGGAGGAAAGGCAGGACGGAGUGCGUCUACUCCAGACUGUUUGCAAGCUCACGUCUAAUUUACUCGUGCGGAACUUCUAUCCUGUCAAACCAGAGUUGUUCAAACUUCUCCAUAUGAUGUGUCUAAACGAGAGUAGCGAGCUAGAACCUGAGCUAGCCCGAGAUUGUACGGUUGCUCUGGCACGCCUAGCUGGUACUUAUCUUUCUCCGACCACAAUACCUUCUGCUGUUCAUGCUAUAACGGAGGUUUCCAACUCCCAGUCCUGGAAAGCUAAAGUUUGUGUCCUGGAAUUCUUGCAAGUAGCAAUAUUCACAAACUUUCCUUCAUUCGUCUCACUGCCAGGAGAAGCUGAUAAUCUUGUUGGAGUAGUUGUUGCACUGCUCAAGGAUAACCAGUUGGAGGUGAGGGAGAAGGCGGGAACUGUUUUAGGCGGAAUCUUCCAUUGUAACAUUGUUACCUCUGAGCAGAGAGAAUCCUACAUUGAGAAGUUCAAGAUUAUUUUGAAGAAGAAGAUUUCCAAGAAAAUGAAAGAGGGAGUAGACAAAAUAGCUUGGCAGGCUAAACAGAGCGAAGCAGUUAUCCGCAGGCAUUCAGGUGUGCUGGGUUUAUGUGCAGUUGUGAACUCCUGUCCUUAUGAUAUCCCUCCCUAUCUACCCGAUAUAUUGAUGCUUCUUGGAGAUCAUUUACAUGAUCCUCAACCCAUCCCGGCCACAGUCAAACGUGCAUUCCAGGAUUUCAAGAGAACACAUCAGGAUAAUUGGACAGAGCAUAAGGAGAAGUUUACCGAAGACCAGCUUGGUGUUCUUACAGAUCUUCUAGUCUCUCCUAGCUACUAUGCCUAAACCUUGCCUACUCUCGGUAGACCUGGAACCAUUGAGGCAUUGCUGGAUUCUGACCAGUGUGGAAAUAUCUGCCAUGAAUUACAUUUUGCGAUACUUGGCAUUCAUUCAGAUUAAAUUUUCCUUUGCAGCAACAUCGUUGGAAUUUUGAUAAAGAUAGUGGUAAUCAGUGGUUUGGUAACUUGAUACUUUAAAUUACCCUUUCUUCAUAUUUAGAAGUUUUAAGAACAUUUUUAUUUUUUAAAUUUACGCAUUUAGACGUUAUUUUAUUUUCUAUCAUUAAAUGUUAUUGUUAAUUUGUUCAGUUUAAGAAAACUAAUGCUUUCAAAUUCCAUCAUAUUUUCAUUUUAGUGGAAACCGUUAUUAAAUGUGAUAGUUUAUGCUGUUACGGAUUAAAAUUCAGUAUUUAUUUUAACCUGUGCUUUACUACGUUUACAUAUUAAUAUCUAGUGGUGCUUUCCUGUACAGGCAGCUGCUGUACAUUUGUACAGAAGUUAAACUUACAUUAUAACUUAACAUUGUACAGCUAUUGACGAGGGAAUUGAAUAAAUUAG